AUGGGGUGCGUUCUUCUCGACUUCGAAGGGUCCUCGACGUCGAAGGGUCCUCGACGUCGAAGGCUCCUCGACGUCGAAGGCUCCUCGACGUCGAAGGCUCCUCGACGUCGAAGGCUCCUCGACGUCGAAGGCUCCUCGACGUCGAAGGCUCCUCGACGUCGAAGGCUCCUCCACGUCGAAGGCUCCUCGACGUCGAAGGCUCCUCCACGUCGAAGGCUCCUCCACGUCGAAGGCUCCUCCACGUCGAAGGCUCCUCGACGUCGAAGGCUCCUCGACGUCGAAGGCUCCUCGACGUCGAAGGCUCCUCCACGUCGAAGGCUCCUCGACGUCGAAGGCUCCUCCACGUCGAAGGCUCCUCCACGUCGAAGGCUCCUCCACGUCGAAGGCUCCUCCACGUCGAAGGCUCCUCCACGUCGAAGGCUCCUCGACGUCGAAGGCUCCUCCACGUCGAAGGCUCCUCGACGUCGAAGGCUCCUCGACGUCGAAGGCUCCUCGACGUCGAAGGCUCCUCGACGUCGAAGGCUCCUCGACGUCGAAGGCUCCUCCACGUCGAAGGCUCCUCGACGUCGAAGGCUCCUCGACGUCGAAGGCUCCUCGACGUCGAAGGCUCCUCGACGUCGAAGGCUCCUCCACGUCGAAGGCUCCUCGACGUCGAAGGCUCCUCGACGUCGAAGGCUCCUCGACGUCGAAGGGAAUGUUUUGGGUUUCAUUUUUGGGUUGGAGAGUUGA